AUGAGAUCUUUCAAAAUUGAUGAAGAUGAUAAUAGCCAGGAUAAUGAUACCGAAUGUCAUACUGACUUUUUGACAGCUACAUUAAACUCGCUUUAAUAUCCUACUUUUACUCAGUAAUCUAAGACAUAUGGAUCAAGUUCAAGUAAAAUUGAAUAGCAAACUCAAUGCUUUUUGGAGAAGUUUUCGCAAUCACAGAAAUUCACAAAUAUAAUUUAGAAUAAUCCGAAUGAUUAGCAGUUGAAAAAGAAAAAGAAUGAUGAUUGUUAUAGAUGGGUUCAAAACGUAACUUAUCAGUAUCAUUCGUAUAGGACUGUUGAACAUAUGAUAGCCAAUUCAAUUUAAGGCUUUCUGAUAUGGGUUCUCAAAACCUAGGGAUCUAUGUAUGAUGAGCAAAUCAUGCCUUAUUUAAAAGAUGUCUAAAAAUGUAUUAAAAAGCCUAAUGGGACAGAGUACUCAUCAGAAGCUAGAAGAAUAAUAAGAGGAAUCCUAAAUUAAAACACAAGAUUAUUUACAAAUGACAUAUGUGGGAGAUUUACACUAAAUAAUAGUGAGGAGAUUAAGAGAUACCUCAGUGAACAAAUCAUAAGAUUCACUCGACUUAGAAAAGAGACAGAAGAAAAAGAAGGCAAGCCUAUACCACCAUAUACGAAUGACAUAUCUCUGCCCUGUAAAACAGCUGAGAGAGCUGAGGUGCUAUUUGAUUUCGAGUUCACUGAAGAUGAAGAUCAAGAAUAGUAUUUGAAGUAGAUACUUGACAAUAUGAGUGAUGAUGAUUUGAGAGUCACAGAUUAAUAGCCUCAACAACAGACAAAUAACCCUGAAGAUCCUUCUUACUUCAGUAACUAAUCAACUGCAAGUAACCAACCAGCUAGUGGCAAAGCUUAACCCCUCCGAGGGCCAAAUGGAAAGAAAGUCAAUACAAAUUAUCAGUAUGACAAGGCACUAAACUUAUUCAGCUUCCUUGAAGAUAUAGUAGAUAAAAUGCCUCAACAAAGUAUAAAUAAAACUCAUCAAGAUCCAUUGCUUUUUGUAAAGGACUUGAAGGAUAAAGACUUGAUAGAGCUUUUAAACUCCAAGGAAUAGCAGAGAUUCAAGGGAAUGAUGGAAUUCUAUUCUAUUUUUAGGGACAUAAUAGCGCAUGAAAGAAUGAGUGACUUGCAUGAUAAGUAUGGCAAAAUGGCUAAAAUGGCAACGCAGCUAGAUGAAAUGUGCAAGUAAGUAAACUAUGUAGAUGAAGCAAUGAGAUUUAUUUCAACUCACAUGCUCAGAGAAACCUCCUCCUUUAUUAAAACUCCAUUCAUCGAUAACAGCCAAAAUUAAUAGCUGAUCUUUGGCACUCAACAAAAGGUGCCUGGAGGUGGCCACGUCCUUUCAUCAGGCAUUAAGAUAUUUAAUAACAAUCCUACCUCAAACGAUUAAAUAACUCAAUAAAACUCAACUAUACAUAAAGGCGGUAGAUAAUCCAAUUUCAAUUUGAAUGAUUCUAAUAAAUUUAAAGUACGUCAUUAGCAGAGAUGA